CAUUAGCUCCCAGACAUUGGCUCUUUGAAGUGAUCGCAAAAUACGCUAAGUUCCUAACUAGUGACGACAUUCUUCAGAGCUAUCGAAAGCACCAUUCUCCUACGCUUCUCGUCCCAGCCCAACAAGAAGCUUCCAUCAAUCCAACAAACCGAAGUACAGAGUUAUCCCUUAAUCAAUCACCUGUUUUCACCAGAAUGACUACCAAGCUCGGUCUCGGUAUCCCAAUGCCUCUCCUGGCGCCUGCGACAGCAACCUGGGCCGUUCCGUUUGCUGCAUACUACAUGUUCCUGCAGAACCGAAUAGUUCUCCAACGCUUUGCCACCGAAACAGUAUUGGGCGAUAGAUCCGAUUCUAAAGAAGGAGGCAAAGACCCUCUCUAUGUAGCGUCGCGUGCUCAGAUCAACUUUGCCGAGAAUGUCCCGUUGAUCCUCAGUAUCUCAUUGCUGGCCGAACUCAACGGAGCAAACCGGAAGUUCAUCAACUACGCCCUCGGUGUUCUCCUCGCACUCCGUGUUGCUCACUCCGAACUUGGACUUAUGGCAAAGGACGGAGUGGGCAUCGGCCGACCUGUCGGGCAUAUCGGGACACAGGUGGUGCUUGCAACGUUGACUGGAUACACUGCGUACUUGGUCAAGGACUUUUGGCAGAUUUGAGAGUUGGGUGGGGACCUUGCUAGGCGGUCCUAGGUGGUAGGAGAACUACGAGCAAAGAAUACCAACGACGGAUAGUGCUGACAGGAGGAGUUGGAACAAUCAAAUCUCACUUGAAAUCUACCAUUACAUAGUGCUUCACAACGAAAACGUGAAAACGUGAAAACGCGAUAACAAACGAUGAUCCUAGGUAUAUUGACCACUGUUAGGUACAAUAUGCAUGGCUCUUAAAUGUGAUUUUCAUCGUUGAACAUUACCUUGUACAGGGGAAAUGCUUGAGCGUCUCGGGGAAGACGCCUUGACGUAGUAUGAGCGCCAAGCUGCUUUCGAGCCCCACGUAUUCAUGCGAGUACCUUCACCUCUCACA